UUUUAGAUUUUUAUUUAUUUUUAUUUGUAAAAUAUGUUUGGUGUCCAGGGUCUAAAUUAAUAGUUUUUGUUCUAAAAAUUGUAGUAGGACUAUGAGGAGCAAAAAUGGCGGACUUAAAAAAAUAUUUUAAUCCCAAUACACAAGCAGGCAAAGCAACUAUUGCUGGCACUGCUGUAGUCACCGCUGUUACAUUAACAUAUCUAUGCUAUAGAAUGUUUAGGACCUGCCCAUCUAACGAUUGUCCUUGUUGUACAGCAGAAAGAGCAGCAAGCCUUUAUGCUCCUCAACCCCCUCCUCCUACUACCGAAAAACCGAUAAUACCUCAUGAUCCGCACAAACAAAAAUCAGCGGUCUUUGCAAAACCACAUGGACAUUCAGAAUCAGGCUCCAGCGGUUCCCAUGAACCAACAUAUGAAAGAGAUGAAAGAGAUGAACCUCGACGUCCUGUCAGACGUAGUAGAGAGUAUGAUGACUACGAACCUAGAAGGGAUUCACGUGAUUACAGUCGCGAAAGAUACAGGUAUGAUGGACGUUAUUCAGAACCACCACCUGGAGAUCGUUAUGGAGGAUCUGGCGAAAGAUCACAUUCAAGUUGCAGACACGAAAAUUUCUGUCCUAAUUGUGGUUAUAGUUAUCAUAAUGAAAAACCCUCAUGUAAUCAUUUUUCACAUAAUAACAACUGCAACUCCUGUGGUGGAAACUCACAAAAUUCGAGAUCACAUUGUCCCCAUGAGAGUUCAUCUUGUGGAAGACAAUCGAAUACUUGUUCAUCAUGCUCAUCAAAUGAAAGACGAUCACCAAGUUGUGGGUCCACUUGUUCACACGAGAAAAGGUCACAGAACUGUGGAUCAAAUUAUUCACAAGGAUCACAUUCACAAUCAAAUAGAUGUCAAAGAUCACACAAUAAUGAGAGAAGAGUUAGUGAACGAUCCAGUUGCUCACAUGUGUCACACGAUUCUCGUAAAAAAAGUGGAUGCAAUUCAUAUAAUACUGAACCAGUAUCAAAUAAACACCGAGAUCAAAAAUCGCCUUGUAAAAAUAAAGAACAAACUGAUGUUGAGGACCCUGAAGGUCUUGACUUUUGCCAGAAGAAACAGAGAGAGUUCGAAAUGGAAAAUGGCACUAAAACUUCUAAACACAAGAAAGAUCAAAGAAACAUUGAAGGGGAACAUUUACUUAGAAAUGCUGGAGCAGCAAUGGGUGCCCCAUAAAAUGUCAGCACUAAACGCUUUGAAUAUUUAAGCAACCGCAAUAAUAUUUUUUUUCUCCAGAAGCAUUUAUAAAUAAACUUUACUAUUAGAAAAUACACGCACACUUAACAGAUUAACAAGAAACACUAUCAAAUUAAAAAACCUUAUGGACUAAACAUA